AUGCCCCGCUUAAUCCAAGCACUCUUCACUCUCUCAUAUUGCAGGGGCGUGACGCGGAAGGCCCCACCCCCGCACAGCCGCACCGUCGCCAAGCCGCACCUGCAAGCCGCACCCAACCCAGCCGCGCGGGGCAUGGAGGCCCGGCCGGAUAUUGAAAUGGGGGAUUCCCCUCCCUCUUCCUCUCCUUCCCCAAUACAACCAAUUCGCCAGGAAGACCCUCCGAAUCAGCCAAUUCAGCCGAAUAAGCCAAAUAAGCCUAUCCAGCCGAAUAAGCCCACCUCACCAAACCUUCAGUCAAGCCGCCAUUCCAGCCACCAGUCAAGCCGCUUACCUAGCCACCCGACGGCCAGGAAGCUCCCAGACCCACCCAAGCAGUCGAAAUCGACUAAUCAGUUCCUCGAAGUAACGGCCUUCAAUAGACUUGUGGCUGGCCUUGAGGCCCUAGCUUCCGAAAAUCAGGCCCAAGCUAAAUUCCUAGCCCAGGAGAUCCAACAGGCUUACCGACUGGCCUGUUUGCAGGCUGCACAGCUACCCCGGAGACCCACUGCCCCGCCUACUACCCCACCCCUCGACCUACCUAGCCUUCGCAAGGUAGUGGCUGAGGAGUCCCCUACCACUGAAAGGGACUUCUCAGACUGAAGGUUCUCAACAACGGGGUGAGGUUCGGUAGAGCCAGAGGGUCUACAACAAUUGACACAAGCAAGUGUUCACACAGUAGUAAAGACAACUGCUU